CUUUCUCAAUUGAAGUAAGCUGUGCAGUGAAAGUUCCAUUUCUUCUAAUUCCUCUUCAUCCAAAGACCUAAAACCUAGGGUUUCUCAUUCUCUCUAACUCACACUCACUCUCUCAGCGAACCGCUAAAUGGCCGGCCCUGAUAUUCUCGGCGAGCGCCAGUCCGGCCAAGACGUUCGCACUCAAAACGUGAUGGCGUGCGGAGCGGUCGCUAACAUUGUGAAAUCCUCGCUAGGUCCUGUUGGACUCGACAAGAUGCUUGUUGAUGAUAUUGGUGAUGUGACAAUUACUAAUGAUGGUGCAACAAUACUCAAGAUGUUGGAAGUUGAGCACCCUGCUGCCAAGGUUCUUGUGGAGUUGGCUGAGCUUCAAGACAGAGAAGUUGGAGAUGGGACAACUUCGGUAGUCAUCAUAGCUGCGGAAUUGCUUAAGAGAGCAAAUGAUUUGGUGAGGAAUAACAUUCACCCUACGUCUAUAAUCAGUGGAUACAGACUUGCUAUGAGGGAGGCAUGCAAAUAUGUGGAGGAAAAAUUGGCUGUGAAAGUUGAAAAGCUUGGAAAAGAUUCUCUAAUAAACUGUGCCAAGACAAGCAUGUCCUCAAAGUUGAUAGCUGGUGACAGUGACUUCUUUGCAAAUCUGGUUGUGGAUGCUGUACAAUCUGUUAAAAUGACAAAUGCACGGGGAGAAGUCAGAUACCCAAUCAAGGGAAUUAAUAUUUUGAAAGCUCAUGGCCAAAGUGCAAAGGAUAGCUAUCUUUUGAAUGGGUAUGCUCUAAAUAUGGGUCGUGCUGCCCAAGGAAUGCCAAUGAGGGUUGCCCCUGCCAGGAUUGCCUGUCUUGACUUUAAUCUUCAGAAGACAAAGAUGCAAUUGGGCGUCCAGGUCUUAGUCUCUGAUCCCAGGGAGCUUGAAAAAAUUCGUGAAAGAGAAGCUGAUAUGACAAAAGAACGCAUUGAAAAACUUUUGAAAGUUGGAGCUAAUGUUGUUCUGACAACAAAAGGGAUUGAUGACAUGGCACUCAAGUACUUUGUUGAGGCUGGGGCCAUUGCUGUGAGACGUGUUCGGAAAGAGGAUAUGCGCCAUGUUGCAAAGGCAACUGGUGCAACGCUGGUCUCAACUUUUGCUGAUAUGGAAGGAGAUGAAUCAUUUGAUUCAUCACUUCUUGGAUAUGCAGAUGAAGUUGUGGAGGAGCGUGUUGCUGAUGAUGAUGUGAUUAUGAUAAAGGGGACUAAAACUACAAGUGCGGUUUCCUUGAUCCUCAGAGGUGCGAAUGACUAUAUGCUUGAUGAGAUGGAGAGAGCUCUGCAUGAUGCCCUGUCUAUUGUUAAAAGGACCCUUGAAUCCAAUACGGUGGUAGCGGGUGGAGGCGCAGUUGAGGCUGCCUUGUCCGGGUAUUUGGAGUGCCUUGCUACAACUUUAGGAUCCCGUGAGCAGUUGGCAAUUGCAGAAUUUGCUGAAUCUUUGUUAAUUAUACCAAAGGUGCUUGCCGUGAAUGCUGCUAAGGAUGCCACUGAUUUGGUUGCAAAAUUACGGGCUUACCAUACCAUAGCACAAACCAAUGCUGAUAAGAAGCAUUUAUCGAGCAUGGGUCUAGACCUUUUAAAGGGAACCGUUCGGAACAACUUAGAAGCCGGAGUCAUUGAGCCUGCAAUGAGCAAAGUGAAGAUAAUUCAGUUUGCAACUGAAGCAGCCAUAACGAUUCUUCGAAUUGAUGACAUGAUCAAGCUUGUCAAAGAUGAAAGUCAGAAUGAAGGGGAUUAGGAUUGUGUUUUUGGUGUGGGAAAAGGAGGGGAGGGAUUGUUCUUGCAGUUUGUUGCCAAGGACUUCCUGAUAUCAUGUUUGUACCACCAUAAAUGCUUGUUUUUUUGGCCUGAGGCAAUCUUUCUCUUUUUCAAUCGUAUGGUUUCUUUUUUUAUUUUUUAUUUUAUUGUUGCAGUUUAAUUUUGUGGAUAGCUUGCUUAUCAAAAAAAUUUUGUGGACAGCUUGCUGCUGGUAAAAUUUCAAAGCAAAGAAUUUUUAUCUAGAUUUUGUUGUAGAAAUGAAAGCACAAGCAAAGAUUCUGAAAUAUGAGGUUGCACUAGAGACAGUUGUUGGCUUUA